ACCAGACAUGAGAAUUGAAAAUUAAUCAGUUAACUAAUUGUAACGAUUUAAUUAUAACACUUUGUUGAUUUUAACUUUAAAUUAGUGAUUAAAGAUUAAGAUAUAGAAUCAAGUUAAUUGUUUCCAAUUCUUCGAGAUCAUAAUCUUAAUUCCAGUGAUUCUUUGAAUAAGUUUUCCAACGAAUUUUGUUUACAAAUUUUCAACGAAUUUAAAUUUCAGUUUGUUUUAAAUUUAGUGACCAUUGGCGAUUGACAUUCGGUCAGAAUUAACUCACAGGAUUAAUGUGACAAUUUGUCUAAAUCAACUGGGCGAUGUAUCAAAAUUCAGUGAAAGAACCAAUUGUCCGAAUGGUUAACCCACCCAAUUCUUGUCAAUUGGUUCGUCGUUGUGAGACAGGAUGUGUCAAGAAUAUAAUCAGAUACAAUUUGUCAUUUGUAGGCCGUUUAAUUGGGUCCGAUGAUUUUUAUUUCAAAGAAGCGUAUCGUUAUGCUCAACGUGGCCGAAUAAUUCAACAAGGGGACAAAAUUUUUCUAUCAUCAGCCCGUGAUGUUUACAGUAUUUACGAUGAUCGAGCCGAUUUCAGGAAGAAAUUAUAUUCCAUUGAAAAAUAUCUCAAACAAACAAGACUCAACGAAGCGAAAAUGUUAACAUUCAAAUCUCCUCUCUUUCACAGUGUACUUACUCCUCGACACAAAUUUCGACCUUCGCUGUUUGUUGUCACUGAUCACAAUCGAUUGUUGCACCUUGAUUUCGACACUGGUCAACUAUUUGAUUCCAUUUUCCUUGGAUCUCUCGAAAGGUGUAAAUUUACUUACAUCCAAUGGGAAACUUGUCCAAAUACAAUCGCCAUCGGAUCGAAAGAGAUCAAAUAUAAAAAUUCCAACGAAAUUUACAGUUACAUCGUCAUCAUGGGCAUAAUGCCGCUUAAAUUUAUCGCCUGUAUCAAAAUCGAUUCAAAUGUUUUCGUUGGUCAGAAAAGUCCAUUAUUGUCCGACGGACUGUUAACGAUGAGGGAGAAAUGUCCAUUCCCUGAUAAACUGUUGCAAAUCUACAGUCGUGAUCAUGUUUUUCAUGAUGAUAAUUACCUUUGGAAAACUGAUAUUGAUCAAGUUUGCCCUGGAGGUUCCGAUAAUUGCUCUGAAUGUGCUCAAGGCGGUAGAAUUGUUGGCCGAGGAAAUCAUGGAUUACCGGUUAAUGUUGUAGUUAAGGAAAUUCCACCUCCAAUGUUAACGGUAAAAUCUUCCCUCGAACUAUUUGAAUACGGAUCUUGGCCUUAUCACAUAAUCUAUUCACCACCAGGAUCUCGAGAUACUUACAUAGUUGAAUCAUUAUCAGAUGAAAUACCAAUCGAAGGUGGAACAAUCAUGUUCGAUCAUUUUAUCGAAGAUGGACAAAAGUUAUUCUUCCAUUAUGACGCGAUGGAUGAUCGUGUAUUGGCACUCGAUUGUCACACGCUAACCUUUUUUAGAAUAAUUAAUCAUAAACUUUCCAAACAAUUUGUGCUUUCAAUUACUCCACCAGCAUAUCUCGAAGAUGCUCAAAAGCGACUCUCAACUCGUAAAAAGGCCACAAAAAACGACAUCAUGUACAAAAGUAUCUAUGGUAAUAUUGAAGACACGGAGACGGACAUUUACUGCUUAAUGGGUGUCGAUAUAUCAGCGAAACUUGACCAACCUGUUGUUUGUCUAUUCGACAAUUUAACCGGUAAACAAUUAAAAAAAUUUAAACUUCAAUUUAAACUCGAGGAAACAAACGAUUACGAUGUAACAUUGGAUCGUGAUUUAAUUUUAAUCAACGAAACAAACCUUUCUAAUCAAAGUCGAUUCUUUUGCUAUCGAUUAACCCGAAAGGAAGACUGUUGAUUUUUAAUCAUCAAUUUUUACCCAACAAUUAAUUGUAACAAAUUUUUCUAUUGGACUCAACUAAAUUCUACAAUUAACUUGUGACAAUUAACCAAUGAUUCCUCUGAUAACUUUGAUUUUGAUCAAUCUAAAAGCUUUGGCAACAAAUCAAACAUAAUUUCAUCAUUUCAUCAUCACAAUUAUAACUCCUUUUAAUUACAUCAUUGGAAUUGGAUUUAAAUCAAUAAUUUUAUAAUUGCCCAGCAAAUUAUCACAAAUUAAUUUUGGUUUGCUGAUUAAAUUGACAAUUUUGCUUUGUUGUUCAUAAUUGUUUCACUUAAA